AGGCACCAUCCAAUCAGUAGGGACCAGGUAGAGCACAAAGGGCAGAGAUUAGGUGAUUGCUCCAUAUUUGUAGCUGGCAUAUUCUCCUCUCUUUGGACAUCAGGACAACAGGAACUUUGGAUUCCAGGACUUGCACCUGUGGCUCCACCCAAGUUCGCAGACCUUUGUUCUCAGACUGACAGUCACUUCGCUGACUUGCCUGUGGAACUGGACUGUGCCGCACGGCUGGCUUUGCAGGAUCUCCAGUUUGCAGUCUGCCUGUUGUAGGACUUCUCGGCCUCUGCGACUGCGAGAAGGACGCAGCCUCCUCAUGUGGCGCUACCUGGCAGCACUCGAGGGCCUGUACCACCUCGUGCGCUGGUACCGGGAGAGGCAGGUGAUGAGCCACCUCGAGGACAAGUAUGUGUUCAUCACGGGCUGUGACUCGGGCUUCGGGAACCUGCUGGCCAGACAGCUGGACAUGCGAGGCAUGAGGGUGCUGGCCGCCUGUCUGACGGAAGAAGGGGCCGAGCAGCUGAGGAAGCGGACGUCAGCACGGCUGGAGACAGUGAUCCUGGACGUCACCCAGAUGGAGAGCAUUGCUGCAGCCGCCCAGUGGGUCAAGGAGUGCGUGGGGCGCAGAGGACUCUGGGGCCUGGUCAACAACGCAGGCAUUUUUCCCCCAGUCACAUGAGUGAGUGAGUGGCACAGGACUGAAGACUUGGUGAAUACUCUCAAAGUGAACCUCAUUGGUUUGACCGAGGUGACCCUGAGCGUGCUUCCCUUGGUGAGGAAAGCGCGAGGGAGGAUCGUCAAUGUCUCCAGCGUUUUUGGAAGAAUUGCUGUCCCUCCUGCAGCCUACAGCUGCUCCAAGUAUGGAGUUGAAGCGUUUUCAGAUGUACUGAGGCGUGAGCUGAGAGAGUUUGGGGUGAAAGUCAGCAUAGUUGCUCCUGGCUUCUUCAAUACGGGGAUGACAAACAAGUUGAUUUGCUUAGAGAAAAUGAAGCAAGCCUGGAAGGAAGCCCCUACGCAUAUUAAGGAAUCCUAUGGACAGAAGUAUUUGGAUGUUUAUUACAGAUUGACAAAUAAAAUGCUGUCAUAUUCCAAAAUAAACCUGAACCCGGUCACUGACUGCAUAGAACAUGCUCUGACCUCUGCACAUCCUCGUACUCGAUAUUCAGGGGGCUGGGAGGCAAAAUUUUUCAUCAUUCCUCUGUCUUAUUUACCUACAUCGCUGGCAGACUACAUAUUGACCAGAUCCUUUCCCAAGCCAGCCCAGGUAGCCUAAAGAAACUGGUUUAGUAGCUCUGGGAAUGAGCAAUACAAAAGUCUGCAAUUGGUUGCUAGUGUUUCAGCAACCUUUAUUCAGAGCGUAGGCCGUUUGUAACAAUAGCCACUCUUUUCUCAAGUCAUUUGUCUGAUCUCAUCAGAAAACCCAUGUGUUCACAUGUUUACUACUUUUGUUGACAGAUCUUUGCUAUAUUCUAAACACUUUUUGAUAAAGACGUUUCUAAAAUGCAUCGUUCCUUCUUUCCCUAUUAAACUGAGCCAAGUG